AUGGAUUUCUCGGUGAAGACCAAGAAGAUUCCUCGAAUGAAACAGGACAGGAUAGUCUUGCAUUUCGACUAUGACUGCUUCUACGCACAAGUGGUCGAGAACUCGCAGCCCGCCUUGAGAUCUCUGCCCCUGGGUAUCAAGCAGAAGAGCAUCCUGGCCACAUGCAACUACGUCGCCCGCAACCGGGGGGUUCGAAAGCUACAGGCAAUCUCAGAGGCCAAGAAGAUCUGCCCGGAUCUAGUCCUGGCGGACGGCGAGGACCUGUCUGCCUUUCGUGACGUGUCCAAAAGGCUAUACGGCCUGCUAAGAUCGUACUCGUGGAACAAGAAGGUUGAGCGUCUAGGCCUGGACGAGAUCUUUCUCGAUGUCACUGACAUCAUCGCCUACAAUGUUGGUCUCCUCAACGCUAACGCACUCUCGGAGUCCUUCUUUUGUCUUGCCCCAGAUGACCCGGAGAAGGGUUUCCCCUUCGAUGCCUCAGCCUUUGCUGGAUGCGUUGUUGAGGGAACCAGUGACAAGCAGGGCAGCUACGAGAACCCGCUGUUUGUAAGGCUUGUCCUUGCCUCCCACCUCGCAAGAUACCUUCGUCUCAAGAUUGAGGAGGAGGGUUACACUUCGGCCUGCGGCAUCUCAACCAACAAGCUCUUGAGCAAACUCGCCGGCAGCGUUCACAAGCCGAGGAACCAGACGACCCUGCUGUCAUUUGACCAAAAAGACGUUCUGGAAUUUGUGGACCCUCAUGGACUCCGUAAGGUUCCUGGGAUAGGGGGCAAGAUUACGCACGCGCUGGAGAGCUUCUUCUUGGGCAGGGAUGCAGGCACAGCGAGUUACACCGAAGGGUCCGCCGUGACCGUUGGUGAGCUCCGAGGCCACCCUGAUGUCUCUCCGCAGAUGCUGGAAAGGUUGCUCGGAAGCCGCCCAGGAUCGGAGAGGGGUAUCGGGGAAAAGGUGUGGGCACUCGUUCAUGGAAUUGACGAGACCGAGGUGAAAGCCGCGUACAAUGUGCCCACACAGAUCUCGAUCGAGGACACGUACCCUGGACUGACUGGUGGCCUGAACACGGCUGCAGAGGUCGAGCGGGAGAUGCUGAAGCUUUCUGCGUCUUUGCUACGCCGGAUGUAUGUUGAUCUCACCGAGGACGAGGAAGCAGACGAGAAAACACCUUGGUCACCGACUCGGACCCGAAGGAAAUGGCUGGCGCAUCCCAAGACGCUUCGGCUGUCCACCCGCCCCAAGACGUCACACAAUGAUGAUAAACCUUACAAUUGGGGUCGGUCGAGUCGCAGCCAGCCGCUUCCGACCUUUCUCUUUACCGGCUCAUCAGAUACUCUGGAUGACGAGGCCAUCGUUGCGAAGCUUGUCAGGGAGGCGCUUCUGCCGAUGUUCUCUGCGCUGAACCCGGCCAAAGACGGUUGGAACAUCGGCAUGAUCAACAUCUGUGUGGCGAACAUGGUUCCUACGGCCGCCGAACCAGGUGCAUCGGGGAGCGGGCGAGAUAUAUCGCAGAUGUUCCGGAGGCAGGAGGAUGUACUGCGAGACUUUAGGGAUUCGGCCAACGACAUGGGCGCAUACGACGUCGAUACGGCGGAGGGGGAGACGGGAGUUUGGCAUGAAUUGGAUGGAAAUCAGGCUUGUCCACAAUGCGGCCACUUUAUUCCUCCUUUCGCCCUGGCUGCCCACGAGCGAUAUCAUGAUCUUGGAGAUGGUUGA